AUGGUCUGGCUAAAGACUGGGUCGUUGCAGAGACUUGCAACUGCAAGAAAUGUCUGCGCACGAUCCACGAUAAGGCAACGACAAGCAGCUGGUCUUUCGCUGCUACCUCGUGUGCCGCACGGACGCUUACUAUCCACCACAAAAAUCUUGGAAUCCGGCAAUCAAGUGCCAGAGCAAGAAUCGGAUAUCAACCCAAGAGCACCAAUCGAUCAGUCACAGAGCCUCCCGGAAGCCCUCCACAAAGCCGAGAUCGAGGCCUACAAAGACAUUCGAGGAUACCUUUCGAACUGGCAGGCCAAUAAUUCAAACAUCUUAGAUCCUGUACAAGAGCCAAACCAAGACGAGGAUGCUGGCCCGUUGCUGGGCUCCAUGCCCAACGGUCGAGACACUUAUGGCGAUUCCGUAUGGAAUGAUCCGAGCCUCUCGAAAGAAGAUGACAUAGAUACUUCGGAGGAGUUUCAUGGCGACCAUCUUGAGCCUGGUGAUUUGGUGGCUGAGUUAGUGGCGGACGGGACCUUUAAAUGGGCAAUAUACGUGCAGUCUGUCCAGAGACAACCGCAGUUCUACGUCAACCGCGGAAACUGGCGGCUCUGCAAAGCUCGCGAACUGGACUACGUGAUCAAGAACUUUGCUCCUGCUGAGUUAUUGGAUCCAAUCAAGCCAUAUUUCCCUAAAACAACACCUAUGAUCAAUCAGGAGAUUCAGCAUGUGCCAGAGGGCGGCGUUCCACGGCCACUCGCUGCUCCUCUCCUGGAUAUGAUGAACAAUUUUCAAGGUCAUGUCUUGGACUUUUACAGAGCUCACUCGUCGAAGUUGGAUAAUCUACAUGAUCUCGUCGCCGAUGAUUCCGAAUUCCGUCGCUUGAGCAUUGAAGAAUUAACUAUGAAGGUCCUGGGCAUCGAAGAGUCCGAACUUAACAGCGUCAACCUCUUUGCUGUCCACCAGGCUACUCGGAACAACCCAUUUCUAAUUGAGAAGGACUCCACCUCACUUUUCAGUUCCACGUACCUUGUGCAACCAAAGCGGAUUGCCAAAGUUGUUGAGCAAGUCACCACUUGGGCUCAUGAGCACCAGGAUUAUCUCACUCGAUUUGCUAUGGGAAAGAGCCACCAGGCUUUUCUAGAUCACAAGGCUACAAGUUCCACAGGAAUGACGGCGGACAAAUUUCCACAGCAUCCAAUUCAGCGAUUUACUCAAAAGGCACAGCGCCUGAUCCGCCUCAGCCGAAAAGUGCGGUCGCCUACAAUCAUGUCUAGUGUGGGGCCAUCAUUGCAGCAGUUUGUACCUGGUCAAGAUGGCAAGGCGAUGGCCUACCGCGAGGUUUUGACCGAACAAUUUGAUCAGAAUGACCAGAUGAUUAUUGAAUACCUCCAAUUGUAUGCAACGCCAUCAGUGAUCAUGCCAUCGGGUACUUUGAAGUCGACGGCCUCGCAUAUCAUGCGAGUGACUGGCAUGUACAAUACCCUCGGCCUCAGCGAGUCCUCGACUCGCAUGUUCUUACAGGAGCUGGGUGUCAUCUCUCCGUGGGAGAAUUUGAGUCUGCUGGAUCAGAACUUGAUGUUACCAGGACAUGGGGUGUCUCUCCUUGAAGAUAUGCGCUGGGAGGAAAUCGAAGAAUCUUGGAAGAACAAAAACUCGCUUGUCGAUUCUAUGCAGCACCUACGAAAAGACUGGGGAGAUCUGCCUAUUUACUGUAUUGACGAUGUCACUGCACAGGAGAUUGAUGAUGCAGUCUCUCUGGAGCGCAUUGCUGGGUCGGACGACACAUUCUGGGUGCAUAUUCAUGUCGCCAAUCCUACAGCUUUUUUGAAGUAUAAUGAUCCGACCAUCGAGUAUGCUGCCUCGCGAUUGGCGACUCUGUAUGCUCCCGAGCGGACAUACCCUAUCUUCCCGGAAUCUCUGACGCAGGGGCACUUCAGUCUUGCACCGGGUCGACCGACCCUGACAUUCAGUGCGAAGAUAAACCUUGAUGGAGAGGUCCUGGACACCCAGGUGGCAAACGGGACUGUGCACAAUGUCAUCAGUGUUACGCACAGCGCCUUGCGGAAAUACCUCAAUCCCGAUGCAAAUGAGUCUCAAGAAACCCUCACUGUCGGCAAUUUCGUCAAGACCCCGUUGCCCAAGGGCAAAGAGUUCCGCGAGACACUCACAGCCGAAGAUAAAGACACCUUUACCACCCUGCGCAAGCUGAUGCUCGGUUUCCGCACCCAGCGCCAGAAGAACGGUGCUAUGGACAUGCAAUCUAUGCGCCCCAACAUGUCCCUUACUAUCCAAGCAGGCACAGCCCCACUCAAACCCUACGAGAUGCAAGUCACAGAGGGAAGAUACUACAUUGGCGACCCAGCCAUCCGACUGCGCAUACAGGAUUUCAACCCACACGAGGUCCGCGACGAGUCAAAAAACUACCUUGUCUCGAUGCUGAUGAACCUGGCUGGUCAUAUCGCCGGCCAGUUCUGCGCUACUCGUAAUAUUCCCGCUGUCUACGACGGUACCUGGUAUGAUCCGGAAAACGGACGCGUCACGCCUGAGAACAUGAAGCAGUUCGGUGGCCAGAAGUUUUUGGAUCUGGCUAUGCCGAAGGCAUUUUCUUCUUCUGAGCCUGUGCAUCAUCAUAUGCUUGGGCUGGAUGCAUAUGUUAAGAGCACGAGUCCGUUGCGUCGGUUCACGGAUGUGAUUGCGCAUUAUCAGAUUGAGGCUGCGUUGCGCUUUGAAGCUGAACAUGGUCGUCCAUUUGAUGGAGUCGCUGAUAUGCCCAAUCCUGAGAUUGAAGAGCAAACUCGGGAUCAGGAUCAAAUUUUAUCAACCGAGGCUGAAGUUGAAACCGAAACAACGCUCAAAACGGAACCCGAAACUUCACUUCAACCCCUUCCAUACACAAAAUCCGACCUAGACUCCCACAUCCUCUACUCAAUUCCAACUCGCACCCGCCUCCGCGAUGUCUCUACGUACUCAUCCCAACACUGGGCCUGCAUGCUCCUCUUCCGCGCGUUCUACUUCGGGGGCUGUGAACUACCAGCAACAUUCCCCGUCGUGCUACGCAUGCGGCGCAUUCUCCCUGAGCGUGAUGGAACUGUGUAUUCUGGCGUCAUUGCUAAUCUGGGAGUUACCUGUUCUGUUGCUAUACCGGAUGAUUGUGCGGACAGGGAGCGGAUGGAUAUCUUUGGCAUUGUAGACGCGAAGAUUGUUGCUGUUGAUAUGGCUAGGUUGGAGGUUCGCAUGGAGGCUCUGAGUUUGAUUAGGGAGUAUGAGAGAGUUGGAGAAUGGGCUUGA